UUAGAGUUGAUUUUAUCAGAAUAUAAAGUUACUACAUGUUGUUAGUUAACCUGACAGUGUGAGCCAAAGACUAAUACACACUCUACGGAGCAGACUGGCCGCAGGACACCAGUGUGACUGGACUUAUCUUUCAGAAAUAUGAUGGAGGACUUUUCUGGUCUGGCUCUGCCUCCUCUCUUUGGAGGACACAUCCUAGAGGCGGAGCUGGAGCCUGGUGGUGUUGAGCUGGGACCAGGAGAGGUGGAGCUGGGCCCGGGAGGCAACGAACUGCUGGAGAAUACAGCACAGGAGGACGAAGAGAGAAGAGCUCUUGAUAAAAGAAAAUAUUUGGCUCUGAACAGGAGAUGUAAAGAAAUUGAACAGGUAAAUCAGAAGAUUCUUGGCCGCCUUCAUCAAGUACAAAGAAUUACACGGCGCAUGAAGAAGGAAAGACGGUUUCUCAUGAAGACUUUAGAUUCUCAUGGGGACGACUACAGAAACGCCCAGUUCACGAUACUCCUAGAGGAUGAGUCUGGAGCCCAUUUAGAUCCUGCUGCUGGAGUGGAGGAUGACCGGCUCAACGGUGUGUCUGGUCCCGCCUCGUCUGCAGCGCUGCAUCAUGCUGCCGGACCAAAGAGGAGGAGGCACCGAAUUCCACGGCAAGACAAGGACCGAGACCAACAGACUGAACCAGACAUGUCAGUGUUGGCAGAGACACAGUAUGGAGAAAUGCCCAGCCCAACCUCUCUGUCUCACUGAUCAUUGCACUAGGGCCUGGAUAUGAUGAUGAUGAUGAAGGAGCACCAAGUUUCUUUAACUGUUCAGUAGAUAAUGCUGCCUCUGUUUGUAGUUUUACUUGAACACUGUGAACAGAUCACAUUCAUGUAAGGUGAAAUGAGACGAUAUUCACCUGAUGCAUGUAUACAUUUGUUUUGUAUAUUAUGUUUUCUGUUGUUGUACUUGUAAUUGAGGACAAUACAUAAUUAUGACCAAUGGCAAACUGUGCACACUUUCAUGGACAGCCUUGUUGGUAAAAAUCCCUCAACUUAGAUACAAUGGGAGGGUUGCAAACUUGUGUUAUUAAUGGAUUUCACAAUACAAUACGUUCAAUUAUUUCAUGGUUCAUGAUUUAUUUUCAGCUAUUUCUUAUAUAAACUGCUACUAAGCUGUUCGGCUGUAUUAUGAAAUGUUUUAUUUUAAAGUUUCUGAAUUAUUGUUUUUUAACUUUAAAACAUUUCAAAGUGUUAAGAGAGGUUUUGUACUGUAUGUUUUUUUUUUAUUAUUUUUACUAAUAUUAACUUGAAGCAAGUCACCGCUUUUAUUCAUGUUCACAUCUGCAUCAACCAUUCAGCCAUUUAAAAAAAUCAUGUUUCUAUACAACAGUAGAGAAAUUUUUCAGGCAUAAAUAAAUAAAAAAAAUCCAUGUCAGGUCACCUUGUUAGGUUUUUCUGGAGCUUUUAGUCUCAUGUCUUUCUCAUAGGAUGGAGGUUGCUCAGUUGUCAUGGAGAUAAAUGUCAUCACGUUUCUUUUCAGCACUAAGGAACAAGGAAUAUCCGUCUAAAGUUUAAUAAAAUCCAAGACAAAAUCCAUACUACGAGGUUGUGAGUUAAUAAAGAAACUGUGGAGAUGUUUCAGAAAAUA